UGAUACAUCCAGAGGGAACUGCUGGGUACUAAAUAACAUGUUGACUUGUCACAAUGUUUGGCAAAGGAAUAAUGAGUAUAAAAGCCUAGCCUUUUAGCUUUUAAUGUAUUUAAGAUACAUAAGGAAUUAGUUUGAAUUAAUAGCAAUCUAAUACUGUUAAUAUUUUAAUUUUCUUCAAAGCAAACAUUUUCUGUAGUGUUUUAACCUUGAUAUAACCUCUACAGAUGUCAAAUGUGAAGUUUUGAAAAAUUAUUAAAUACUAAAUUGUUGCGAGUAAACGUUAUAGGAACUACAUAAAGUUCUAUGACAUGAUAAACAUCAUUGUUUAAUAGAUAAAAAUGGCUGAAACAUCUGAAGUACAAAAUAAAGAUAUUGGUCCUGUGGUUAUCACAGAACAAGAACGUGAAUUGGCUCAAAAUGCAGUAUUUGAAUUUCAGAAAGGAGCAUAUACUAGUUGCUUGUCAUAUUUAAAUAAACUAGAAACCCUUAGGCCAAAAGAUCUCAAAGUAAUGCACAAUAAAGUUAUAGUAGAAUGCUAUAAAAAUGACUUGAAAAAGACAGAGGUAUUAAGAAAGAGUUUAAAUGCAAUAUGUGGACAAAUGUCUACAACAGAUUCAACAGAAACUAUAGAUGACAUUGAAAAAUGUGUUAUGAGAUAUAAUCAAGCAGUUUUGCUAUUUCAUACAAAACAAUAUAAUUCUGCACUUCAAAUUAUGAAUAGAUUAUUUGCUUUUAUAGAACCUAUGGAAGAAUCAUUAGCACAUAAAGUAUGCCUUCUUCUUAUAGAGUUGCACAUAGCAAUAAAACAACCAGAUGCGGCUUUAUCUUUGAUUAAUUAUAUAGAAAGUCAACUUAUAUCUACAGAUAAUUCUAAAAUUGCACCUGUUGAUAAAGAAGGUAUAAUGAAAUCUAUGAAAGAACAAAAAGAACAGAAAAAAGAAGUUGAUACAGCUGUGGAUGCGUUUAAAAUAAAACUAUUAAAAUGUAAAGCUAGAAUAUAUCUUAUGACACAUCAGUUAAAACUAUGUAAAAGAGAAUGGAAAACCUUAGUUUCCAUGGGUACACCUGCAAAUAUAUCAACUGUUUUUCUAAAAGCUAAUCUUGAAUAUUUAAGAGGAAAUUACAAAAAAGCUGUGAAAUUAUUAAAUUCUGUAACAUCCGAAAAUGUGGAGUUCAAAACUUGUGGAGAGUCCUCUGCUGUUUUGUAUUAUAACAACAUGGCAUGUAUACAUCUUGCUAUGGGUAAACCGAAUUUAGCUUGCUUUUAUUUACGAAAAGCUUUACAUGAAAAUAGGUGCGCAAUGGAGAGUGUACAAACGAAAGACAGCGAUCCUUUAUGUACACAACCAUUGUACACACUUGGUGGAAAUAGGCAUUAUGAGUUGAUGUACAGUUUGGGUGUGUCACUAUUACAUGCAGGUCAAGCUUCGGUUGCUUUUGAUUGUUUCAUGGAAGCUGCACAAAAACUUCAUAAUAAUCCUAAACUAUGGUUAAGGGUUGCAGAAUGCUGUAUUUAUUGCCAUAAACCAACCAACGAAGUUGAUUUCAAUAUUCCAAAACGAAGAAAAGAUUUAGUACAGAAAAUUGUUGGUACUGGAAUUUAUAGGAAAAUUAUUUUAGCUUCUUCCCUUUCCAAAGAUGUAAAAUAUCAUUCUGAAGGUUUCCCUUCUGCCAUUCCGCAAUUAACUUUGGAAUUUGCAUCGUUAUGUCUAAAAAAUGCAUUAUUUUUAUUACCAAAUAAUAAUGAAGUUAAUGUACCAGUGGCAACAAUUGCUAACUCGCAGACAGUGCCGUUAUCAUUAACAGCUGGUCAUAAUUUAGGUACUCAACAUUCAACUUUAAUGUCACAAGCUACAACCAUUGAAGCAUUAAAUUUGAGAAUCAGUGUCUUGGCUGCAAGCGCAUACGUUUGUUUAUGCCUUGGUGAUUACGUUAUUGCGCUUGAACAUGCUAAAUCAUUGUUAAAUAUCAAUAAAUUACCUGGUGCAUAUAGAAUGCUGGGAAAUCUAUAUGCGGCAGAAAGUUUGAUAUUUAUGGAUAAAAUUAGUGAAGCAAUUGAAUAUCUAAAGCCAGAAAAUAUUCAAGAUUUGAAUACUUUCGUACCAUUUCCGGAAACUCAGGAUAAAGAUAAAGACAAAGGCGAUGAAGUUAUCUCAAAACCCAUAAAGAUGUGGUACCCGACGACAGUUCUUACAGGUAUCGCUGUAUUACGAUACAACCUAGCUGUAGCUUAUGCAAUUCGCGGUGAACUGGAUAAAUCAGGAGAAACUUUAAAACAGGUUUGGAUGUCCAAAGGUCCGGAUUGUGAUGUACCCAUACAUGUAAUAAUGUUGGCUUUAUACAUAGAACUACAAUUAGGAUGGAUUGAUUUGAAAGAUAAACGCAAGAGAUCGAGGUUCGUGUUUUUCAACCGACAAUCGGGAUCUUGGUCGUAUUUCGUGAAUAUCUACACUCGUGGAAAGAUGGAGGAAGUGGACGUUCAACAGGAGUCAAGAGACCAAGUGGGCUGUUUGAUAUUUUCUCCACCGCCGAUGAAGAAAUCCGACACGAGGGACAGUAUUUCUUCGGUGGACAGCGACGUCAGUCUUUCGUUCGAUCGGAGGGGCUCCAAAGGAGAGGAUGCUGAUCUAUCCGACUGUGGAAGUACGAGCAGCGAAAGAAAAUUGAACGAUACGACGGAGAAUCGGAUAAGUUCUGAUCCCGAUUCGGGAGCAGACUGCAAGGAGGACACGGUCGUCAACGACUCUAGAGAGCAAAAGCAGGAGAAAUCGAUCGAAGAAAGUAAGAGCACUCAGGCGGACGAUUUUGUCCCACCGAGCGACGAGUUGACCGAGAAAAUAUGUACCCAAGUGGAGUUUUACUUUUCCGAUGAGAAUAUCGUCAAAGACGCGUUCCUCUUGAAACACGUGAAAAGGAACAAGGAGGGUUACGUGUCUCUGAAGCUAAUCUCGAGUUUCAAAAGAGUGAAACACCUUAGCAAAGAUUGGAGAGUAGUGGGUGCAGCUUUGGCAAAAUCUAAGAAACUUCAAGUGAAUCCGCAGGGUACAAAGAUCCGUAGGAUCGAUCCUCUGCCACCUUUCGAUCAAACCACCCCAUCGCGAACGAUUCUAGCUGCUAGACUUCCGGUGGAGAAGUUAUCGGUCGAGUCUGUGGCUGAAAUCUUCAGGCCAUGCGGAGAGAUCGCUCUCAUCAGGGUUCUUCGACCAGGUCAUCCUGCACCAGCCGAGGUAAGACAAGCGAUAGCUAAGAGGCCAGAAUUGGCGGCAAGCGAGGAGUGCGCCAUGGUCGAGUUCACGGAUUCAGCAUCUGCUCGUGCUGCUUUACAAAUGUCCUUGGGCGAUGCCAAGGUGUUCGAGUUGCAACAAUCUGGCGAUAAGAAGAAGAAACAACAACCAGCAAAGAAAAGUGCCCUGACAAGACUGGGCAAAGAGGAAACUUAUAAUUCAUCGAGUUGCGCCAGUGGAUCUGAGCCCGAAGACGGACGAGCCAGGCAUAAGAAACCAAUUCACACCUACCCAACGUAUCACCCUUAUCCGGGAAAUCAUUAUCAAGGACCCCCAUCACCAGAGGCAUGGUUAUCCCGCCGAUUGUCCGCAUGCUCGGUGUCAGGUUCAGAAAAUGGUUACAUCCUACGUCGCCUGUCUAGUUGCUCGGGUUCAGGUUCCGGUUCAGAAAGCGGAAGCUUCGGUAGACGCUACUCAGCCUGUUCCUCUGGUUCCGACACCGGUUAUUACCACCCAGUUUUCCCACCGAACUACUACUAUCCGGAAAAUCGACGUUUCUCCUGCUGUUCGAGUUCCGGUUCCGAGUGCAACGGUGUUUGCUAUCAUUCUUCUAGUCGUCGAGGAUCCGCGGAUUACGGGCCCUUUAUAAGAAGGCUAUCCGCUUGCAGCCGAGAUUCCGGCUACGACGUGGGUGUUAGGAGAUUGUCGUUAUGUUCCUCUGGCUCCGAACAGGCUGGAUAUUGUCGACCUAGAAGUAACAGCGGUAUUGCGUUAACGCAUUUGCCGGAAAACGUGACGAGAAUGCCAUCUGGUCCAGAUGGUACGCGUGGGUUUGGUCGACCACCUAAAAUGAACGCCAUGGCACCACCCAUGGAGCCCACGUGUUAGAAUUUAUUUAUUCUUGACAGUAUGUUUUUAUAAUUACGGUUCUCGCUAACUAACGUUCUCCGAAGUAAUGAGAUAGCUGACAAUUUACAUAUUUUUCAUUUCAUUUCCAUAUAGGCAUUAAUACUUUCAAAUACUAUGUUUGCAUUUAAUUUUAUCAAGUGAUUUUAAAUGUUUCGUUACAAGGCUGUUAAUUACCGCCGAAAUUGAAUAUAUUUAGAAACACUUGCGAGAACGUUUCAUCUUCUUCCUAAGUUAUACUUUGUUCAGUAAUCAGAGAUUUAUAUUUAAUGUAAAUAAUAGUAUUUUUAAAAAUUGCGUAAUUGUGAUAAGCGUCAAUUCUACAAAGGAUAUUUUCAAUGUAUGUAGAGUGUUAUACAAAAACGUUCGAUUAUGAAGUUUUGUGAUAUUGACGAAUAAAUGUACAUUGUACAGGCUUCGAAAUCGUAAGUAGUAUAUGUCAGUAUUGGACAGACACUACUCCGUGUUACCCGCGAUACUCAAGCAGUAAUAUACAGUAAUAUACAUUAUGUAAACGUUGUAAAGAAAUAUAUUGAUACAAUAAUUUUCCA